AUGGAUCGCAUUCCUCCUCCUUCCUCCUCCUAUCCGACUCCCGGGUCGGCCGGUCCAAUGGGAUCAGCCGGUCCACCACAUAUGCCGAGUCUGGCACCGGUUUCGACCAUCCAUGAAGGUCGAAUCUGGUCAUUGCAGGUUGUACAGCAGCCCAUUCGGGCUCGGAUGUGCGGUUUUGGUGAUAAGGAUCGACGACCCAUCACCCCUCCCCCAUGCAUCCGGCUCAUCGUUCGAGAUGAACAGACCGAAAAAGAGAUCGAUAUCAACGAAAUCGACACGUCGUUUUAUGUGCUGAUGGUGGAUCUGUGGAAUGCCGACGGGACCGGGGAGGUGAACCUGGUGAAGCACUCGGCCACCUCCCCUUCGAUAUCGACGGCCAUGUCCUCAUCCUACCCCCCGCCCCCGCAAACCAUGUCUCCCUACUCGGGGUACGGUCCAAACCCCUACGGGCAACCGAUGGGGUAUCCCUCGCAGAUGAACAGUUACUACGGCAACCCGCAGUUACAGUAUGGAUACGGGGCCAGUCCCCAGGCGCACUACUACCAACAAGCACAGGCCCCCUACUACGGGAAUCCCGUCAAUGCGACCAACCUCUCGUCAGCCCAGCCCGUGUCCUCGGGGCCGGGCGGGAUGUUCACGCGCAAUCUGAUUGGCAGUCUGAGCGCCAGUGCAUUCCGGCUGACCGAUCCGGAGAACAAGAUCGGCGUGUGGUUCAUUCUCCAGGAUUUGAGUGUGCGGACAGAGGGCGUGUUCCGAUUGAAGAUGAGCUUCGUCAACGUGGGCACCCAAUCGAGUGAUAUGCCGUCGGGCAUGACGGUGAUCAAUCAUGGAUCGGCACCGGUGCUGGCGUCCGUCUUCUCGGAGCCGUUCCAGGUCUUCUCAGCCAAGAAAUUCCCCGGGGUGAUUGAGAGCACGCCGUUGAGUAAAUGCUUCGCCCUGCAGGGCAUCAAGAUCCCGAUCCGCAAGGACGGAGUGAAAGGGAGUCGCGGUCGCAACAACGACGAUGAUGGAGAUGAUGAUGACUAUUAG